AUGAGACGUAGCAUUGCAAAUGUUCUGGAAGGAUCCGGAAUUAUCUCUGUCGAAGUGAUGAAAUCUCGACAGGACGUAACAAAUCUUAUUUUGGCAACAAAAGUUCAAAAAGGUGUCACAUGGAAAUCAGUAGCGGAGAAAAUUGGCAAAAGCAAAGAAUGGACAACUGCAGCAUGCUUAGGUCAAAUGGUCAUGUCGAAGGAACAGGCAGAAAAAGUUGCCGAGAUAUUUGAUUUACCGGAAAGUGCUCUCUUAUGGCUUCAAACAGUUCCACAGAAGGGGACACCGGGAAUUCCCUCCGAUCCAAUUCUUUAUCGAUUACAUGAGGUGAUAGCAGUGUAUGGACCUACAAUUAAGGAGCUAAUUGUGGAGGAAUUUGGUGAUGGUAUAAUGAGUGCAAUUGAUUUUAACCUAACUGUUGCACGUGAAAAAAAUGAACAAGGUGAUCGGGUAUCACUUGUAUUAUCGGGCAAAUUCUUGCCUUAUAAAGAGUUUUGA